GUUAAGGGACAUUCAUUAUGCACAAUACACGGUAAUCGGCCAAAUAUGAGUAGUGGUGUCAGUUCCCCCAGCAUUAGCAUAGUUCCAGGCUCGCCAAAACCAUACGAUUACCUGCUAAAGUUUCUUUUGGUUGGAGACAGUGAUGUCGGAAAGGAAGAGCUGCUUGGGGGAAUGGAGGACGGAGCUACAGAAUCGCCAUACGGAUUCUCCAGUUGUGGCAUUGAUUACAAGACUACAACUAUUUUGUUGGAUGGAAGGCGUGUAAAAUUACAGUUGUGGGACACUUCAGGACAAGGACGAUUCUGUACCAUCUUCCGGUCAUACUCCAGAGGAGCCCAGGGCAUUCUGUUGGUGUAUGACAUUACCAAUAAGUGGUCAUUUGAUGGCAUUGACAGAUGGAUCAAGGAAAUUGACCAGCAUGCACCUGGUGUUCCUAAGAUUUUGGUUGGCAACCGUCUCCACCUAGCGUUUAAACGACAAGUGAGUGAGGCAACAGCAGAAGCAUAUGCGUUGAAAAAUGACAUGGCUUUUUUUGAAGUGAGUCCUCUGUGUGACUUCAAUGUGACAGAAUCUUUUGCAGAGCUAUCUCGCCUGGCUUUAAAAAGGAAUGGCAUGAGCCGGACCUGGGGGCCUAGCAAAGUUUUGAGUCUUCAGGAGAUAGCAUGUCACACAAUCGUUGCAAGGACAACAAUAUAUGGCAUUGAUCAGCUUCCGUUACCACAGACUUUAAAGUCAUAUCUCAAGUCAUACGCUCUCACCAACAAAACAAGAGCCAGAAUGCAGAGUUUCAUCCACCGUGACAAAUCAAAGAAAAAUAAGUAUCUCAACCCCACAGACUCACCUCCCGCCAACUGUCGACGCAGCUGCUGUAUCAGCUAGCAGAUAGGGAUAUCUGGUGUUGUCUAGAGCUGCUAAAAGUUCAGGACAUAACCACCAAAGUUGGACAAAAUUUCUAUUUUAAGAAGCUAUCAGGAAAAAGAUAUCCAUUUUUAAUUUGUGACCUACUAAAUUAUUUAUUUCAGAAUUACAUAUAACAUGUAUUGUACUUAGUGGUUAAAUUUGAUAAAAAUAUGAUCAGGUAAAUAAUUUUCAGCAAAGUUGAAAGUAUCAUGUUUCUUUUAAAUGAAAAAAAUAGCACCUAGUAUUUUUGCAUCAAAUGGCAAUCUGCUACCUACCAAAUAAGAUUCAGUUUAAAGAAAAAUGUUUUGAUCCACCAGUAUUAGACUACAAUUGGAAAUAUUUGUUUUCUUGGUUGCUGUCAGCAAUUCAAAUGUUAACUUGUCAGUUAUUAAUUAUCAUGUAAAGCUAGUCAAUAGGCAUUAGGUCUGAAGUCUUAAAAUGUUGUGACUUGGUAUGGGAGGAAGUGAAGCCGAACUUAUAGUGGAGAGUCGUUGUCCUUAACUGAAGCUUCCAAUAUGACAGGAAACUGUCGAGUAUGAGCGAGUGUAUUUGUGACAGAAGCCUGGAAGGGAGGGAUCUUUGUAUUAUGUAGUUGUCUGCAAGGUCUAGAAGGGGGCGUUUUAAUAUACACCGUAUUUCAAUUAAUGUGACCAUUUCGUUGAGGAAGUUUUGCCAAAAUAGCAUUUCAUUAUAAUGUUAGCUAGUUAAACGGAACUGGUAAAAUUAUAUAAUUUUCAAAUAUUUCAGAUGAAAAUCUAUAUAAAAAGGUAAACUCUACAAUUUGCUCAUUUUCAUAGUAUUAAGCAAUAAUAGAGGACUAAAUCUUGGUAUUUUUGAGAAUAUUUUAAAAUUUGAUGUUGUCAUAUUGUGUGUGAAUAUGAAGUUUAAGAACUGCCUUCCUGUUCAGCCAUUCAAUGUUGCAGUCAAUAUUUUAUGCUUGUGAUGUUUGAAUUAUUUUCUGAUUUGUCAGUAGAAUCUCUGUAUUAACUUAGCACCUGCUUUAGUAGUCUAUACCUGACUGUAAUCGCAGUGGUUUAAAGGACUUGAUUUUCAGAAUUUGUUUUAUUUACAUGCAGUUUCUUCAUGCACAUGUUAAUUAAUUUCUUCAGGUGUUUAAGAUUUUUUUUUUAAUUGUGUAUUGGGGUUUCAUGGAAACAUUUAAAUAUAAUAUAUAAUCUGUAUCUUUUGUGACUGUAAUUUACUGUUGUAACUUCUCAACACUAAAAAAAAUGUAUAGAUUGAAGAUUUACAAAAGUAGUUAUUUUUAACACAUUCUCAUUAAAGAUGGUUUCUGUAAAAAAAUGCCUGAUAUUCAUCAUGAUUGAACCACCUUAUUUCAUUUUCUGCACAUAAAUAUAGGCUAAUAUUACAGCAUAAAAUACAUUCCUUCUAUUCAACCACCUGUUUACAACUUUAUGGGAACAGUUGUCAGUUGGUAAUUGUGAAAUAUAUUUUUAAAACAUUUUCGUUUGAAUUUAAGUUAUAUAUCUGUUUAUAGUGCUGAAUUUCAAAAUGUUUUAGGCCAUAAUAAUACAACAUGUUUCACUGCACAAAAAGUCUUGACAGUGCUAGAAAAAAAAGGACUGAGAUAGCAUGUUAGAUGAUGCAUGUAAGAACACAGAUAAGUGUCAUAGUUCAAAAAGCUGAAAGAGUGCUAAAUUAUAAUGUUUGACAUUUUAAGGAAUGGUUAGAGGUAUUUAGUGCGAGAAGUAUUGUAGCAUUUGAAUUGCCAUCUUUUGGAUGUGCUUGAGACAUUCUGUAUUGUUCUGCAACACUGUGAUAAAGACACACAAAGGAUAAAUUGCCAGUACAAAGUCUUCCAGUCAAUGUUUUCAGUCAUGCCACUAAAUUUUCAUGUCAGCUCUUUCUGAUCUGAGAUAUUUUCUUAUACAUGUGUUUAAAGAAGAAGAAAAAACAAGGCUGAGUAAAAAUAUUUACAUAGAGACAUUAUCAUGCCUAAAGUAUACUCUAGGACAGCAUUGUAUUAGUGAAUUGUGGCGUUUUUAGAAACCUGUAGGAAAUCCAUGUUGUACAGUUGUCCUUUAUAUGGUAUUAUCUACCAGAGUACUAAUAUUAAUAUAUGGUAGAUUGCCAAAAGAUCAAUCAGAAACAAGAAACAUCUUCCAAGUAAAAUCUCUGUCACCAGAUAAUACUUAAAUAUAAAUGAUAAAACAAAAAAAACAAAAUCAGUAUACAACCUUUGCUGUAGGAGUUUUAUACAGUACACACACAUACAUGUAUAUAUACAUCAAUGUAAUUUUGUUUAUGUUUUGAUGUUUGUGACAGUGUAGAUGUGUAACCAUUUCAUUGGUGUCAGUAAGAAGGCUUUACUUUGCUCUCUUAAAUAUGAUCAUAUUAUCAAAAGAUUUCUUACAGUUUUAUUGACAAAUUUGCUUAAAAACAUUUUCAUUUAACCAUUUGGUUGUGCCUUUAAUCUGUUUGUGCAACAACUUCAGGUACUAUUCAGGGGAGGGGUGGUAUUAUUAAUUAUUGUUCAGUGUGUUUUUAUGUAUAUUCCGAUACACACACCUCUGAUUGUAUUGCAAAUCCACUUAUCUCUACUUUGAAUUAGUACGUCAUGUAGUCAGUGUUAACUGUUGUGUUUAUCUUGCCAGUUAAUUUUCUGGGUUAAAAUUUUGUUCCUUUGGAAAGGGUAUACAAGAUAUGUCUCCAGAGGCAAUAUCAAUGUGGUUAUUGUUCUCAUGAGUACAGAAUGAAGCAAAAUCAAACACAUGCUAUAUAAACAUGUUCAUGUACUGCAAUAGAUGUAUUUUCAUGUGUCCAUAUCACUACUUGGGUUCAAAUAUAUCUUUAUCCUCAAUUGGGAACAGAAGAAAAUUUAUAUGUAUAUAGAAGUUAACGAUACCUUAAAUUUUUUCUUCAUAUUUGAAUUGAUAUUAUUUACUAAAAAGCUACAUUGUUUUGUACCUACCUUUGUACCUACCUGGCCAUAUCAUGUGUUUUGUUUUUAUUGUAUUAUCAGUAUUAUCUGUAUAUAUUGGCAUUGUUUAGAUUUUUUCUGUGUAUCUAUAUUGUAUUGAUCUUAAGCUGGGGCUGAAUCAAUGUACGUGUAUUUGGUAUGUACCCAUAUGGCCAGCUUGCCAUAACUGAACACGAUUUACUGGUCACAGUUGUGGUUACCCUGCCUACCAGUCAUUGUCUUCCUUCUCAUGUCUCUUCCCUCUUAAUUAUGGGGUAGAGAUUCUUUUUCUUGAUCUUUGUCACUGUUGAAUGAUGACGAAUUUCCAGCAGUGGAAGUGAUGUACUUUCCCUAGUAUUUGCAAACAUUAACUGGAGGCUUACAAAUUCUCAUAUUUUCAUCUUGUCUUGCAGUUGUUCAAGUCUUACAGUGUUAUUCAUUAUUACAUUUUUGUUGGCAAUUAUCUGUGAUGUAAAAAGUGAAUCGCAUAUGUAUGUUUAUGUAGCUCAACAUUUCAUUUAAUGAACAAAUGUUUACAAUUUGUUUUUCCUUCAUUCAUACAAGUUGUUCUGUUGUUGCUAGAAUUUUUCCUUGUAUCAAGAUACAAUUUUACAGAUAAAAUCUUGCUUCCUUACUCCAAAUUUUUCUACAUGCAGACAAACUGUUCUGUUGUUUAAAAUUUUUCAUUGCCUCAAGAUACAAUUUCGAAGAUAAAAUAUUUCAUUCUUAACUUCACUGUUUUUCUUUCUACAUGCAGACAAAAUGUUCCAUUUCAGAAAAUUUCACUUUAUCAGAUACAAUUUCAUAGAUGAAAUCUUGCAUUCUUACUUCAAACCUUGAUGUCUUUGGUUUGUGAUGAAUGACACCAAACAGCCUGAUUGGUAAAGGAAUACUUAUGUUUCUAGAGGAAAACAAGAAAAGUAUUUUGGUUGAGUCGUAAAUGCCUUCAUUGGUUGUGCCUGCUCUAUUAUGUUGAUUAUUUAUGUGUACAUGUAUUAUGUAAAUUUGCUAUAGAAGAGGUGCUAUAUUUUGUAUAUUCAGUUAUUUUAUCGUUUUUGUGUAUGUUAAAGAAAUGUGUUGCCUUUUUAUUCAGGUUUCUCUUUUUUAUAUAUAUAAUAUAAUGGUGUACUAAUUGGGGUUGAGAAUGUGAAAUACAAGGCCAAGUAGAUAUUCUGAUUGCUGGCCAUUGUUAUAAUACACCAGUGUAGACGUUGUGAUGUCUCUAGUGAAUUAAAGUUUUAGCUCACUAGGACUCACAAGGCUUUAUAGCAUAAUGAUGCAUUAUAUUAGACAGAGUUUUUGUUAAUAUUUUCACUUCUAAAUGCCAAUUAGAAAUUGACUGUCAAUGGGACUCCAUAAACAAAUGUGUGUGUGUAACAAAAAUUAACUAUUUUGGAAACUGUAGCUAACCAGUCUUUACCAUAUAAGCUAAAGAGAACUUCUCCAUAUCCAAGAUGUAGGAAGUUGCUAGUACUUUUGAAAUUCUGAAAAUUGUAUAAAUUGAACUUCUCUGUUUGUUUCAUUUGGUUGUGGUCAUUUUUUACGACUGUAAAAGAAAUAUUUUUUCAGUAACUUGUCUAAUUUAAACUGUUUGAAGCAUUAAUUAAAAAGAAAUACUUCAACUUUGAUGACCGUAGACAUUUUGUGGAUACAUUUGUAUCUGAAAAAUGUUGGCUGUUCUUUUGAAGCAAUUCAGAAAAAAAUGAGAAACUUGAAUGAAAAUGCACAUAAUGUAAGUGCAUAAUGUUUGUUUAAGAGUGAUGUUUUUGUGUUAAAAUGUUGCAUCCAUAUAAGUCAUGAAUUAUCACAUGAUUGUCAUGUUACAUUUGUUUUAUCCUGCAUUUCAUCCACUCUAAAUAAAUUUGCAAAUCAAUUUGUUGUAAUUUAAACAUAUGUGAAGAUUGUCAGUCACAGUUGUGAUAAUUUAGUUAAAAAUUCUUCCUUCCUUGAUAUGUACAACUUGUCAAUAUUUGAAUCUCAUUUAUUUAAUUACUAUAUAUACAUAGAGUAAUAUACAUUUUGUACAUAUUCCAGCAAAUGAAUAUAGUCUUUCAGGGUGGAAUUUUUGUUGUUGUUUUGAUAUUUACUGGAACAUAGUUCCUGUUUCUUGCAUUACCUGGUAAGUCUGUCUAUAGUCAGUGAUUGUGUAUAUCAUACUUCCUGUAAGUCUAUAGUCAGUGAUUGUGUAUAUCAUACUUCCUGUAAGUCUAUAGUCAGUGAUUGUAUCAUACUUCCUGUAAUUCUAUAGUCAGUGAUUAUAUCAUACUUCCUGUAAGUCUAUAGUCAGUGAUUGUGUAUAUCAUACUUCCUGUAAGUCUAUAGUCAGUGAUUAUAUCAUACUUCCUGUAAGUCUAUAGUCAGUAAUUGUAUCAUACUUCCUGUAAGUCUAUAGUCAGUGAUUAUAUCAUACUUCCUGUAAGUCUAUAGUCGGUGAUUAUAUCAUACUUCCUGUAAGUCUAUAGUCGGUGAUUAUAUCAUACUUCCUGUAAGUCUAUAGUCGGUGAUUGUAUCAUACUUCCUGUAAGUCUAUAGUCGGUGAUUAUAUCAUACUUCCUGUAAGUCUAUAGUCAGUGAUUAUAUCAUACUUCCUGUAAGUCUAUAGUCAGUGAUUGUAUCAUACUUCCUGUAUUAAAGUAUAGUCAGUGAUUGUAUCAUACUUCCUGUAAGUCUAUAGUAAGUGUUUGUGUGUAUCAUACUUCCUGUAAGUCUAUAGUCAGUGAUUGUAUCAUACUUCCUGUAAGUCUAGAGUCAGUGAUUAUAUCAUACUUCCUGUAAGUCUAUAGUCAGUGAUUGUAUCAUACUUCCUGUAAGUCUAUAGUCGGUGAUUAUAUCAUACUUCCUGUAAGUCUAUAGUCAGUGAUUAUAUCAUACUUCCUGUAAGUCUAUAGUCAGUGAUUGUAUCAUACUUCCUGUAUUAAAGUAUAGUCAGUGAUUGUAUCAUACUUCCUGUAAGUCUAUAGUAAGUGUUUGUGUGUAUCAUACUUCCUGUAAGUCUAUAGUCAGUGAUUGUAUCAUACUUCCUGUAAGUCUAGAGUCAGUGAUUAUAUCAUACUUCCUGUAAGUCUAUAGUCGGUGAUUUUAUCAUACUUCCUGUAAGUCUAUAGUCAGUGAUUGUAACAUGAUAUUGUUUUAUUAUGUGGUCAUUACUGGUACAAUUUAAAGGAAUCACAUAGAAGGAUUUUUAUAUUCGUUUGCUGAAUAAUUACAAAUUGUAUGAGAUCUACAUAGUGAUAUCUAUUGUGGGUCCACUGUAUAUACAGCUGUAAUAUUUAUUGAGGGGUGCCUGGACGUAUAUUACCAGCCAUCCAUAUAUGAUGCACCCCACUUGGGAACUUGGGCCACUCACAGAGAGUUGGGCUUAUUGUUAGUUACCUUUAUCUGUAUAACCAUGAUGUUGUUUAAUACAGUUUCAAUAAGAGUUA